UACAUGAGGCACUUUGCAGAUUUUACUCAGUAUUGCAUUGUUGAGUGAGGCGGCUGUCCUGAUGAAGUGUCGGCAGAGGGAGGAGGAAACCAAAGAGAGGAAGGAAACGAGGAUAACGUCACGAAAAGCAGAAUCGGAGUAAAACGGACUGAAUACUAUUUAAUGGACAAUCUUUGAUGGGCCGAGCUGGGGCUAUAAUUGUGUUUGUUUACGCCUUUACUGGACAAAGAUGCUUUUGUUAACUUGUCGGGCGUAAAAAAAAGCCAAAGAGAAGGAAACGGCUUCACAGCAGCAGCAGCAGCAGAUUUCAUCUUUUCAGGAGCUCCCUCCAAAGCAGAGAAAUGGAAAUGUGUGUAGCCCUCCUCCGUUUGCCUGUUUACUGAAGGAUUUGGAAUCAGCCUAAUCGUGAUACACGGAGAUAUAAGUGGAUUGUCAUCAUCUGCUCUUCAUUGCACCUAAUUUUUUUAAUGAGAGAAAAAGACAUCUAGUUAAAUCCUCCACGGGAUUUAGGGGACGUUGCUUUCAGUUUUUCUUUUUUUUAAACUGCAGGGGGGAAAAAGCAGCAAAAUCAUCGGGAGAAUUAACAGGUGACAGCUCGGACAAAUCCAAAAUGAGUGAGCUGGAGCAGCUUCGCCAGGAGGCAGAGCAGCUAAGGAACCAGAUAAGAGAUGCCAGGAAAGCAUGCGGAGAUUCAACCCUGACACAGAUAACUGCUGGUCUGGAUCCUGUGGGGCGGAUUCAGAUGCGGACGAGACGCACUCUGCGGGGCCACCUUGCUAAGAUCUACGCAAUGCACUGGGGGUCCGACUCAAGGCUUCUGGUUAGUGCCUCUCAAGAUGGAAAACUGAUCGUGUGGGACAGCUACACCACUAACAAGAUACACGCCAUCCCCCUGCGCUCCUCCUGGGUGAUGACUUGUGCUUACGCCCCCUCUGGAAACUACGUGGCCUGCGGAGGCCUUGACAACAUCUGCUCCAUCUACUGCUUGAAGACGCGUGAGGGCAACGUCAGGGUCAGCAGGGAACUACCUGGCCAUACAGGUUACCUGUCAUGUUGCCGCUUCGUUGAUGACAAUCAAAUCAUAACAAGUUCAGGAGACACCACAUGUGCACUGUGGGACAUCGAGACAAGUCAGCAGACCACAGUUUUCUCGGGCCACAGCGGUGACGUCAUGAGCCUGUCCCUGUCGCCUGACCUGCGCACCUUUGUAUCAGGAGCCUGCGACGCCUCUGUCAAACUGUGGGACAUCAGGGACAGCAUGUGCAGACAGACCUUUACAGGCCAUGAGUCGGACAUCAACGCCAUCUGUUUCUUUCCCAACGGCAGCGCCUUCGCCACAGGCUCAGAUGACGCCACCUGCAGGCUGUUUGACCUGCGUGCAGACCAGGAGCUCAGCCUCUACUGCCAUGACAACAUCAUCUGUGGAAUCACCUCUGUGGCUUUCUCACGCUCUGGCCGUUUGCUGCUGGCUGGUUACGAUGAUUUUAACUGCAACAUCUGGGACGCCAUGAAGGGAGACAGAGCAGGAGUCCUGGCCGGCCAUGACAAUCGUGUGAGCUGUCUGGGUGUGACGGAUGACGGCAUGGCGGUGAGCACCGGGUCCUGGGACAGCUUCCUUAAGAUCUGGAACUGACUGGUUUCAUGAGCCAUGCACAUAAACGGCAAUCACACACACACACACACACACACACACACACACACACACACACACACACACACACACACAUAGACAUACACAUACAAAUACACACACACACAUCCAACAGACACUGCUUACAUCUUGGGACACAGUUUGCACCCUGUAUUCACACUGUAUGUAAGAUUCAACAGACAAACUGCAACAUUGUACUGUACAUAAUAUAUAGUAUGACUUAGCGUUUACACACACACACACACACACACACACACACACACACACACACACACACACCACUGUAUGCAGGACAAGAUGACACAAGAUCUGAACAUGUUCCCACACUACCUACAGCUGAUUUAAGUGCACAGCAACACAAACACACACACACACACACACACACACAUACACACACACUAACAUAUUUAUUAUCUGUAAAAUGUCAAAAUGUGACCAAAAAACAGUUGAAUCUUCAGCUUCUCAAAUAAAAAAAACACAAAUGCCACUAUUACCUGAAGCCUUUUAACACAGAAGUAACGCACCCUCAUUCGCACGCGCGCGCACACACACACAAACGCACACACACACUUUUUCCUGAGAGACACCGCUCCUCGAGUUAAGCAGGGGAGAAGACGUUAUUGGACAAUUCUGUCUUUGUUUACACUGAAGUCCAAAAUGCACUUCAGACAAAUUUUUCUGUACUAUUUUUGUCUCAGUACCACAUGUAUCUCAGAGAUGGUUAUGUGAAGGAGGAACAGUGGUGGGAGAGAAUCAUGUGAGUCUAUUAACACUGAAGGAAAAAAGAAAAAUACUGACUGACUAUAGACUGAUGAUCGAUGGAGUCUGAGGAAAAAAAAACAACAACUCUUAUUUUCAUCUGGCUGGAAACACGCCAUCAUGUAGUCACUGUUUUUAUAGCUACGUAACCCCCCAAAAUACAGUACAUCAGUUCUGCAGGUUUGCUUUUAUUAUUUUAUUUUAUACACUUAUUUUCUUCAUGUUCUCCCUGUGUGCCUCAGAUACACUUUAAGGAUUAUUAAUAGAGAAUAUUGAUACAGUUCAAUUAACUCAAAAAAGAUCUGAGAUUCAGAAGGUGGCUGAAAACUGAAAGCAUUAUAAGACACAUCUAAAUAAAGCAGGAGCCAGUAUUCCUACUUUGACUUUGUCAAUGUGUUAUCUGGACAUUAUGAUGGUAUAAUUGUAUAUAAUAUUAAUAAA